AUGUUGCGGACCCAACUAAAAGGGAAUGAUUUGUCCUACUACUCACCGGAUGACGAAUAUAGUGACUCUGAAGAGUCUAAGGCAUUAACAAUUAAGCACAGUAUCCGUAUUAGAUUUUACGAGAACACCCACAAAUUUCCAGAACCCAAGUACAUGUUCAACCUCAAGGCGAGAGGACUCACUACUCCUGAAAAAUUCGUUGCAUGGUGGAACGAGAACCAUCCAGAUUUUCAGAUCACAGUUGAUCCAAUCAAAAAAUGGACCUAUCGCGAAGAUUAUGACCCUUCCCGCUAUAACAUCCAUUGGGAAGAGUAUGGAGAUUAG